GUGAAAAGGUCAGCGCCCUGUCGCUGUAUUUGCAUCAGAGAUAUAACAUUAUUUUUAUGUGACACUGAGGGGUGUUUGCAUGCCCACAGGGUUCAUAUUUGUUGACAGUAACGACUUUUUGUAGAUAUGUGUUAUAGUUUCGGGGAGGCAGAGCGCAACUAUAGUUGGACACAAUGACGGAAGCUCGAAGGUUGCUGAUUGGCUAAUAAUUCUGCGCUGGGCACAGAGGGUGGCCUCUGAUUGGCUGGACUCAGUCUUUGGCAUCCUUCCCGAGGCUGGUGGUGGCAGCCCUGCGGGCUUCAGAGACCGACAGUCUGUGUGCUGAGGGAGCCAUGUUGAUGCUCGGUUUUGUGUCAAACGCUUCAUUUUGGAUGGUUAACGGACUGCGUGUUAAAAAUAAGGAGCCCCGGCGGUGAUUCCAGCCCCGCGAUGAGAAGAGGAGCGCGGAGUGGGAUGGUAGAGGGAGCGCCAGAGGAGAGCCGCUCUUAGGUCACCGGACGUAGUUGAAAGCAAGUGAAGUUGAUGCUAGUUAGCUUCAUAGCGCGGUAGCAACAGCUGGUGCGGGGCGCUGCGUGGGAUGCGGUGUGUGGAUUAAAACGAUAUUUUUCCUCCCUCUGCUUGUGUCGUUCUGCUGAACAAACGUCGGUCGGACUGUAUGAAGACUCGAUACUUGAAACAACAAAGGCGCUGCUGAAUUCAGGCUAGCUUGCUUAAGCUUCCUUUUCAAAGCUAGCUGUUAGCUAACAUUAGCAUGCUGACAGUCAGCUCGGAUCUUCAGUCACGACUAACUAUUUACUCGCUGAGUGGGUUCUAGGUUACUUUCAGGCAGUCUGCCUGUCUUGGAGCAUCCCUUUGUGCGAAAAUAAACUCUCAGAACUCGAGUGGAGAUAUGGCAAUGCAUCCAGUCUCUGUGGAAAGCUACCGGUUCGCCUGCCCAGCUUGCCAGGGAGCGGCUAGCGGGCUAGCAGCAUAACUUUCCUCUCACGGGUGUCAUUCAGAAGCUGCAGAGCUCACUUCCUCUAUAAGCCGACCUCUCGUACCUGAAGCAAGCUGGCGGCCAUCCGAGUAGAAGCCGAGGACAAGGAGCUGGGGCCGAUGGCCUGGGUGCUGAAGAUGGACGACGCCACCAUCGAGUCGGGGCUGGUUCACGACUUCGACGCCAGCCUGUCCGGCAUCGGGCAGGAGCUGGGCGCUGGAGCCUACAGCAUGAGUGAUGUGCUGGCUCUGCCAAUCUUUAAGCAGGAGGACUCCAGCCUCCCUCCUGAAAAUGAGACCAAAAAUCCCCCAUUCCAGUAUGUGCUGUGCACCGCCACCUCGCCCGCUGUCAAGCUGCAUGACGAAACGCUCACAUACCUAAACCAAGGCCAGUCUUAUGAGGUGCGUAUGUUGGACAACAGGAAGCCGGGGGAGUUACCGGAGCUCAACAACAAAAUGGUGAAGAGCAUAGUGCGAGUGGUGUUUCACGACCGUCGGCUGCAGUACACAGAGCACCAGCAGCUGGAGGGAUGGAAGUGGAACCGUCCUGGCGACCGUCUCCUUGACAUCGAUAUCCCCAUGUCAGUGGGCAUUGUGGAGCCAAAGACUCACCCCUCCCAGCUGAAUGCUGCAGAGUUUCUGUGGGACUUGAACAAAAGAACUUCUGUGUUUGUGCAGGUGCACUGCAUUAGCACAGAGUUCACUCCCAGGAAGCACGGUGGAGAGAAGGGCGUCCCCUUCAGGAUCCAGAUCGACACGUUCGCCCUCGGAGACGGCGGAGACUACACGGAGCACCUCCACUCUGCCUCCUGCCAAAUUAAAGUCUUCAAGCCAAAGGGGGCAGAUCGCAAGCAAAAGACUGACAGGGAGAAGAUGGAGAAACGCACAGCUCAAGAGAAGGAAAAGUACCAGCCUUCUUACGAUACCACUAUCCUGUCAGAGACGAGGCUUGAGCCCAUCAUAGAGGAUGCGGGCGACCAUGAGCUGAAAAAGUCCAGCAAGCGGACACUUCCCGCUGAUUGUGGCGACUCCUUGGCCAAAAGAGGCAGUUGCUCUCCUUGGCCAGACAACGCCUACACCAGCACCAACCAGGCAGCUACUCUCUCCUUCGCCUCCACCCCACUGUCGACCUACACGACCUCCUCAGUACUGGACAGUGACUCGUCCUCACCCAAUCACCAGGCAGACCCUGGCAGCCAUGGCAACUCGGAGCAGUUGAGCCCCACUGCCUCCAUACAGGACACACAAAAGUGGCUGCUGAAAAAUCGCUUCAGCUCCUACACACGGCUCUUCUCUAACUUCUCAGGUUCUGAUUUGUUAAAGCUAACCCGGGACGAUCUAGUCCAGAUUUGUGGGCCAGCAGAUGGGAUCAGGCUCUUCAAUGCACUCAAAUCCAGGUCAGUGCGUCCCAGGCUGACAGUAUAUGUCUGUAAGGAGUCCCUUGAAGAGAGCCCCCUGCUGGACAGACACAGCACUAACGAAAAUGGAGAACACUGUCUCUCCUCUGGUUUACACGUGUACCAUGCUCUGUAUCUAGAGGAGCUCACAGCUGCAGAACUCAUCCGCAAGAUGGCGUGCGUGUGCAGCAUUCCACUGGGAACGAUCAACCAAGUGUACCGACAGGGUCCUACAGGCAUACACAUCUUGCUAAGCGACCAGAUGGUUUACAACUUCCCUGACGAGAGCUGUUUUUUAAUCAGCACUGUCAAAGAUGAGUCGGGCGAAGGACUCCAUCUAAUCUUGAAGUAGUGAGGAGGACAGAUGGCAUCACUAAUUCUCCACCCUCUGUUUUGGAGCUGAAGCCUCCCUCUGUCCAUCCCUCUGCCUGCCUCUACUCUUUCCCUCUUCUUCCUCCCUGUCUCUCUAAGCGAUAGCUCGACGGGAAGCAGACAGACUGCGCUAAAGCCAUGUAAAUGUUAGAAUCUGACAUGGGUGUGUCCACUGUUUCAUAUUGAAAACAUUAUUAACGAAGGAGAUUUAGUUCAAAGAAGAGAGACCGGUGGGAUGUGGGAUAAAGGGGGGAAAGUUAGCAAUGUUCUAUGUAUUUUUAUUUUAUUUUUUUAUUUUAUUUUUCUGUCUUUUGUAUGGUUUUUGUGUGGAGAUCGGAGGGUGGCGGCUCCGGGAGAGGAGUGGGGGUCGGCAGGAGAAGGAAAGCGUUUCCUUAUUGCUCGUUGCCCUUCCUUCACAACGCACACAACCAGCACUAGGCCAGUAUUUGGUAACCUGUACUGCUGAACAGCAUGCGAUCUCAUACUAACUCGCUUAAAGGAGAAUCCCACCGUGCCCUGCUUGUUUAACAUUCUCGAUGGGUUUGUCUUAAUAAACCAUUAAUUAACCAACCACGUAUUGAUCAGCCAAGCUUGGUAACCCCGGAAAGAAACGGGCGUUUUGUAAAUGUUUUUUGUUUUUCUUUGACUUUGUCAGACUGACUGCUUUCAUUAACUCUCGUCUCGCGAAGUCGUCCUCAGUGAUUUACAGCCAUAUCUCUGUGCUGACGCGACGUCACGCCCAGCUUUCCCGAUGCACGUCCUGUUUAUUCUGAGCUUUUACUCAUUUUACUUCGUGCUUUAUUUAUGGAUCAGCCGUUUUUUUUCAUUGAAUUUACGUGUUUCUGGUGCCAUACUGGCUUUUUUUUUUAAUGGAGCGAUCUUUAACUCACAUUUACACACACACACACAGCGCAUACACUUCAUAUUUGACUCCUCUGCUUUGUGUACUGACUUUGAAACACUCGUUCAGAGACAUGUGAUUCUCGGCCGUUUGUGUGCAAGAAGGAAAAACAAAACAAAAGGACGAAACCUCUUAAGAAAACAGUCAGCCUAUCCUAAAACCUCCUAUCACGGGGACCAAACAGGCUUUUAGAUUCAUAGGCUUUUUUUCUUUCUUUCUGCCUGACUCUGGACACCUUAGAAGCAUUAAGAGACGAUUAAGUCAAAUUUAGCAGCAUUGCUUGUGUGCAAAAGUAAUAAACCCUCUGUUCCAGGAUCUGCUUUGCAAAGAAAAAACACCAACCACCCGAUAUCUCAUGGUUUCAAUAGUCUUAUUUCUGGAGAGUAGAAAACCUUCACAGCACCACAUCCACCUUGUAUUUUUACGUAGCUGAACGCAGGAAGUUGUCUUUCGAGUGCCCUUAUCUUUGAAAAAGUGACGGGAAGCCUCUCACUGCUCCUGGGGGGUCAGUUAAGUCGACGUAAUGAUUUUUGGUACACAGUGUUUCAGCAUUUUUGAAGUGCGUACACUUGAGCGUGUCAGUGUCUGAGUGUGUGUGUGUGUGUCUAAGUGUGCACUCGUAUCAUUUUUCUUUUCUUGCAAAGACUUCAUUAUGUCAGUUUAAAAAAAAAAAACAACAAAAAACUUUUUUCCUGUUGGUAUAAUGAAACCGUGUUUUAGCUUGCUAAUGUAGUAAAGAGCAUGUGGAAGAUGGGGAAAGGUAGGAAAUGGUAAUUUUUGUCAGUGACUGUAACCCCUCUGUCUUUUUCCAGACGUUAGAGACCAAGCCUGCACUGAAGAAAUUCACAAAAUUCAAGCUUGAUGUGUAGUCAGUAGUCCUACUGCCCCUACCCUCUUCUUAACCGAGAAGGAGAACAAAAAAUAAAUAAAACAGAAUGUCGAGACUAAAAAAAAAAAGUUUUUGUCUCCCCACACGCCAGAGCCAGGACUGUAGCUCUUGUGGUGUUUUAGGAGGACGUGAGCGCCGCAGCGCAGUAAAGCUGUGGUCAUCAGCUCAGACAUUAAUAGAGCGAGUCCGGCGAACUCUUGAUUAGCAGUUUUGGUCCGCUGAAGGCCUGACCGCGUGACUGUCUGUGUGACUGUGUGUAAGGGAGUGCGAGCUCGAGAGGUGACCACUGUUGAUGUACAGUACAAUGUCUGAUGAUGAUGAUGCUUAUGUACACAGUAUCAUAUGCUGGAGAUGUACACAACCACGUGCUGGGAAUAAAUGAUUUCAUAACUUUG